AUGGUAGCUGUCCUGCCAAGGAUACAGCGCAUUGCAUCAGCUCGUCUCUACGGGAAUGUGUAUGAUUAUGCCUACUAUUUCUUGGACCUCAGCGUGGGCACUCCUCCGCAAAGAGUUUCUGUCAUCGUGGAUACUGGCAGCAGUAUUACAGCCUUCCCGUGCCAAACGUGCAGGGGCUGUGGAAGCCACAUUGAUCCGCUGUAUGACAUUACCAAGAGUAGCACAGCCCGUUGGCACCAGUGUGGUCAAGACUGUAAGGCAAGUUCUUGUAAAAGCAACCACUGCACUUACCACCAGGGCUACACGGAGGGAAGCUCCAUCGGUGGCUGGUGGUUUGAGGAUGUGGUGCGUCUUGGCGACCUCUUCCAACACAAUCCUCAGAUGCGCGCAGCUCUGGGUUGUCACCAGGAGGAAACCCGGCUGUUCUACACACAGAAAGCGAACGGCAUCAUGGGAAUCAGGCAGCCACCGACGGGAGAUCCUACAUUGUUGCAGCAGCUACUGAGAGACCGAGAGCAUAUCAAUGCAGAUGUCUUCUCAAUGUGCAUCGCAGAGUCUGGAGGUCACCUCGCCGUUGGUGGGCCAAACACGUCCUACCACAGGGGAGAGGUGAAGCACCUCAAGAUGAGACUCUCCGGUGGUUUCUUCAACGUCCAGUUGACUGAACUGUCAAUUGCCGGAAGUAUCGCCACUGACUUUCGCAACACCAUCAUAGAUAGCGGCACCACGUGGACUUACUUUGGCUCACGACCCUACCAGACGAUUCGGAAAGGAAUCGAGGACUUUUGCGGCACUCACCAAAGUUGUGGGAGCCUAUCAGGAUCCUGUUGGCAUGUGUCGGACCUCAAGGGCUUCCCAGACAUGGAGAUGAACUUCGAGGGUGUGAAGGUGAACUGGGUCCCUCGCGCGUAUCUCCACAAGGGCAAAGGCUCCCAACGCUGGUGCUACUCCUUUCAGGAUGAUGGCCCUGGAGCCAGCACAGUGCUGGGGGCAAGCUGGAUGAUGCACCAGGACGUUAUCUUUGACAUGCCUCAGCAAAUGGUAGGUGUGGUUCCGGCAGAAUGCCCUGAAUACAGCACUCGACCAGAGCAUGAUCCUUCGAUGGAAGAUCUUUCCACUCCGUUCACCUCUGCGCCCAGCAUCCAACCACCGGCAAAGCGCUUCAAGGCGAAGAAGUUCAACAUCGGUUUGCUAUGGGCUGGGCUCGCCAGUGGGGCUUGCCUGGCAACGGGCUUUAUCAGCAUCGUUGCGGCCGCGUGCCGGCCUGCAGGGGAAAGUGACGACAAGGUUCAGACCAAGAACGCCAAGAAUGGAGAAGUGGUCGGUGCUCAAACUGAAGAGGAAGACGAACUGUUAGAGCGGCAAGAAGGCACGUCGACGCAGAACUUCUUGAAAAUCGCUUGAAUCUGCGCAUGCGCCAAA